AUGUCCCUCCUCCGACCACGGAUCCUGCCUCGUACCCUGCCCCGUACUCUGCCUUCCCGCGUCCCGUCCCGCACGCUCUGGACCUGUAGCACCUACCUCAGCGACUGCGCUGAGCCACUGCUCUCUGAACUAAAACGACGUCAUCCCUCCCCGUCCACACCACCCUCCUGCGCCCCCUCGACGCUGUUCUGCCUCUCCAAAUCGACCCCCUUUUCCUACCUAUCCGAAAUUCACAGCCACCUCACUUUGCAAGGGCAUCGGGUCCUCGGCGCCCUGACCGAAACGCCGUGCAUUCCCUCCUCCUCCAGUCGACCUCCCUACCCGUUCUCCCUCUCCCUAGCCACCUACACGCCCAGCUCUACCACCCAAACCAAAGCUCACGCCGUAUACUCGACCCUCCUAGGCCGGCCCAACAUCUCGCUCGGACGUGAACACAAAUCGCCGCGCUCGCUGCAUUCGGACGACCAGGACGAGUUGUCCGAAGCGGCCUUGCGCGCGUUCUUGACAGGCGAGCAGGGAUGGAGUUUUGGGGUCAAUAACUCGAGUACGAAGGCUGGUGAGGGGAAGGCGGAGGGGAAGAGGUGGGAAGGUUUGGAAGGGAUCGAGUGAGUUGCUCUCUUUUCGAGCGUCGAGAAAGGAACCGAUCGAUCUCCCCCCACUUCUCAGCUGAGCAUUCUCCCCACUUGACCCCUGUCCAGUCCCGCCCACGUCAAACAACUCAUCUACAUCACCUCGGAUCGCUCCACACCCCUCCUUCAACUCCUCUCUACUACAUACGCCAACACCCAAAAAGUGCGUUUUUCAAAACCGCGAAACCCCCCCACAUGCCACUGAAUAUCCUUCCCUCACUUUCUCCGACACCCCACCCCCCCACAGCUCGGUCUAACCGCCUCUUCAACACCUUUCCACUCCCCCACGGGUCAACCGUUCACGCUCAUCACACCCGAUGGGGAACUACAUUCGACGGGGGCAGUAGCGAUAGCGAUCGUCGACGAGACCGCUCAGACUGCCAAGCGCAAAGGCGUUCCAGUCGGUUACGAAGGUCUAGUCCCUUUCGGUCUGGGGGAGGACAACGCGUUCGAAGUGACUUCGUACGUUUCUCACAGAACACCACCAAAACUAUCUAAUAUAUACGGUACUGAACCUAUCCUUCUACCCACAGUUCAAAAGGCAACAUCAUCCUCACCCUUUCGAGUCAAAACGCCGCUCGCCUCCUGCUCAACGCCGUCAACGCUCUCCAAGCAUCCUCCUCCAACCCCUGCCACCCAAAACCCAAAACAUGGUCCCUCUCCCAAUCCGAAAAAGACCAACCCUUCUACGCCGCCGUAUUCCCCACCAAACCUCCACCAUCCCACCCUUCGGGGACGAUCGACCUCUCCGCAGCUUCUUUCGUCUGUCGUUUAAUGGCAGGGGAUCCAUCCCGAGGCGCGAUGAGUUUGGAUACGGAACGCGAUUUAAAAAAGGGGGAUUGGGUCGUCGUCAGUUUUCAAAAAAAAAGCUUUCCUUUUGAUGUGUGGGCUGCAGCUGAUGAUCAUGCAUUGA